CGUGCACAGCAAGCAUGCGCAUACUGCAGACAGCGCAAGAUGAAGUGCACAGGGGAGCGACCUCGCUGUAAGAACUGUGAGGUCUACGAGCAGGAGUGCGUGUUUAGUGGCCCCACGCGGAAACCACGACCCACGAAUGCUGCACUGAACGAAUUGCUCGAAGAGAAUCGCCGUCUCCGUGAACGAGCCUCAGGGGGCACCACGCCCCCUGACAAUCAGGUCCAAACCGAUGCAAGACACGAUCAGCUUCCCACUGAAGCCAGUCACGGUCAGUUUCACACUGAACCAAGUCACGGUCAGAUUCGUCCUGAAGCAAGCCACCAUGGGAUAACACCAGAACAAUCAAUAAAUGUGGAUGAGCCUAUCACAAAUGUUCCAGCGGAGCAUACCACUACUGUUCCUGCAGAGCCAAUCCGUCGUGAGAGUGACGAUCCGGUCGAGACGCCAGCAUCCGUCGGAAGCACAACUUAUCAUGGUCCGACAAGUACACUUUUCAAUGAAGCAGCAGCGUCCAAUCGACAAUCCCGAUCAUACUUGACCAAAGAGCGAGAGACAUGGAUGCCUAGGAUUUUGGUGGCUGCUGCAGCGGAGCAGCGACAGCUUGAAAGCAUCAACUUUCGUGCUGGCAAGCUUGAUUUCGAUGGUGUGGAUCCCGAACUCGGUAUGCAUCUGCUAAAUCUCCAUUGGAAUCGGCAACACCACUCUUUCCUCAUCACAUAUCGACCGGCAUUCAUGCGAGAUAUGGCCUGCAACGGGCCGUACUUCUCAAAGAUCUUGCUCAAUGCAAUCUUCUACGGAGCCUCUAAAUUCAGCCCAAGAUUGGACUUACGCAAAGAUCCGAAUGAUGUCAGAACAGCUGGCUGGCAGUUCCGCAAUCGUGUGCGUGAUCUCCUUGGAGAAGCACUUGACCACAGUGAGAUCACCACAAUUCAAGCCUUGCUACAGAUGAGUAAUUCCCUUUUCGCUCUCGGCGACGAACAGAGUGCUGCUUGGGUCUACGCUGGAACGGCCUUUAGAAUGCUGGUUGAUGUUGGGCUACACGUAGAUGCAGCCAUGAUGCCAACCAUGCAACGAUAUUCCGAAGAGGAUCUUGAGAUUCGCCGACGAGUCUAUUGGUCAGCAUAUGUCGUCGACAAGAUGCAGUCGCUGUACCAAGGUCGUCCGGCGAGCCUUAGAGCUAUCGAUGGUCAAGUCCCCAUCAAAUUUAUGGACACUUACGAAGAAUUAGAGGCCUGGCAUCCUUUCGCGUAUGCUAGUGGUCCAAGUUAUCCUGGUUCGCCAAGCUACAGUGUGUCAACCUUCGGACAACUAUGUAAACUCUGCAUGAUUCUCCAGCAAAUUCUUGACAGAACCUACUGCGAGAGAGAGCAGAAGCGAACUACUCAAGAUCUGGUCCAAGAUCUGGAGUAUGUUGAGAAGCAGCUGCAAGACUGGAUGGCCGAGCUGCCUGAGCACUUGCGCAUCGACACCAAUAGCGACAGUGGAGCUCAGCAGCUUCCUCCACCACAUGUCUUCUCACUCCAAUGUAUGUGGAACGUCCUCAGAGUGCUUCUUCACCGUCCGCUCGUAGCCGACGGUCAUCUACAUCUGACGUUGCCAUCAACUUCGAAGUCGUCACUGGCGACGUGCACAGAAGCUGCUAUCAACAUAGUGAAGUUAGUACGGCUCUACGACAAGUCUUUCUCCGUGAGACGAGCACCAUAUCUCAUCUCGUACGCAACUUAUGUUGCUGCCACAAUACACGUCCGCAUCGCGGCCACGAGGGCGUCCACUUCUGAGGCGCACGAACAUCUUCGUACAUGCCUCGCUGUGUUUGAUCAGAAUUCAGCUACGAAUUACGCAGUCAAGAAGGCGUCUAUCGUGAUUGAGAACCUAAAGAAGCGAAUGGGCAUCAAACUA